CCGGGCAGCCGCGAAUGGCUCUUCACUCGCGAGCCCCUUUGUGUGAAACACACUCGGAGCCGCGACUCUGGAAGCGGCGCACACGGUGUCCCUCUCCUCCUCCCGGCGAGCAGCACGGGGCAGCCAUUCCAGGGCCAGCCCAGCAGAGCGCCUUCGCCUCGCCCCCCCCGCCUCACGGGUGUGCACUAGCUUUCCCCCUUCCCCACUCCUCAAGGUGGAGAAACGAAAAUCCCCCUCCCCCCAACACUCACACACUGAUAGAGAUUAAAAAAAAAGAAAGGCGAGAGAGAGGGGAAAGGAAACAACUCAAAGACUCCAAUAGAGAGCGAAAUCUACACCCAGGGCUAGCGACUAGUGCAUGUGUGUGCAGGGAAAACAAUACUCCAAGUUACCUGCCCUGCUCUAGGAGAAGAAGGAGGGUUUGCUGCCGGUUCUCUUGCAGACAUCUGCAGACUGGUGCUUUUUUGGAAGAGUUUUUUUUUCUUUCUUUCUUUACAAACCACCAACGGAUGUGAGGCAAGGAAGGUGUUUCUUUUUCUCCUAAUACUCAGGCACCUCUUGCUGAUUCUUCUCAACCUGCUUGGGGUUUUUGUUGUUGUUGUUUGUUUUUGUUUUGCACGAACGUUAACACAAAAAAAAGAAAGAAAAAAGAAAAAACAGAGGAAAGGAGUUUGCUUGAUGUUUUAGUGAAAUGGACGUAAGAUUUUAUUCACCACCUCCACCACCACAGCCUGCAGCCACUCCUGAUACCCCUUGUCUGGGACCUUCUCCCUGCCUGGACCCCUACUAUUGCAACAAGGUUAUUCAUACUGAUUUAUAAAGAACUAUGUGGCAGUCUCUGGCUACAUGAGAGGACAUUUCUGAAGACUUUUUUUGAUGCGUCAUGUUUAUGCAGUGGAUUAACACAUUUGACGGUGACAACAUGUAUAUGAGUAUGACAGAGCCGAGCCAGGACUAUGUGCCAGCAAGCCAGUCUUUUCCUGGUCCAAGUCUUGAAAGUGAAGAUUUUAACAUACCUCCCAUAACUCCUCCAUCAUUACCUGACCACUCACUGGUGCACCUGAAUGAGGUAGAGUCUGGGUACCACUCUCUGUGUCACCCAAUGAACCAUAACGGCCUGCUUCCAUUUCAUCCACAAAACAUGGACCUACCUGAAAUUACAGUGUCCAACAUGCUUGGCCAAGAUGGGACACUGCUUUCAAAUUCACUUUCUGUGAUGCAAGAUUUACGGAACGCAGAAGGAGCUCAAUAUAGUUCCCACCCUCAGAUGGCAGCCAUGAGACCAAGGGUUCAACCUGCAGAAAUUAGGCAGCCAGGAAUGAUGCAGCAUGGUCAGCUGACUACCAUUAACCAGUCACAGCUCAGUGCUCAGCUUGGUUUGAAUAUGGGUGGAAACAAUGUUCCCCAUAACUCUCCAUCUCCACCUGGAAGCAAGUCUGCAACUCCCUCACCAUCCAGUUCAGUCCAUGAAGAUGAAGGGGAUGAUACCUCUAAGGUCAAUGGAGGAGAGAAGCGACCUGCUUCUGAUAUGGGAAAGAAACCCAAAACUCCCAAAAAGAAGAAGAAGAAGGACCCUAAUGAGCCACAGAAGCCCGUGUCUGCCUAUGCAUUAUUCUUCCGAGACACUCAAGCAGCCAUCAAGGGCCAAAACCCAAAUGCUACAUUUGGUGAAGUCUCUAAAAUUGUAGCUUCAAUGUGGGAUGGCUUGGGAGAGGAACAAAAACAGGUAUACAAAAAGAAAACUGAAGCUGCUAAGAAGGAAUAUUUGAAGCAGUUAGCUGCAUACAGAGCAAGCCUUGUAUCCAAGAGCUACAGUGAACCUGUUGAUGUUAAGGCGUCCCAACCGCCUCAGAUGAUUAAUUCAAAACAGUCAGUGUUUCAUGGGCCCACACAGGCUCAUUCCGCACUGUACCUAAGCUCCCAUUAUCACCAACAACCCGGAAUGAAUCCGCACAUAACUGCCAUGCACGCUAAUAUCCCCAGGAAUAUCGCACCCAAGCCCAACAACCAAAUGCCAGUGACUGUUUCCAUAGCAAAUAUGGCUGUGUCCCCACCUCCACCGCUUCAGAUUAGCCCACCUCUCCACCAGCAUCUCAACAUACAGCAACACCAGCCAAUUACAAUGCAGCAGUCCAUUGGAAACCAACUCCCAAUGCAGGUCCAGUCUGCUUUACAUUCACCUACAAUGCAGCAAGGAUUUACUCUUCAGCCUGAUUAUCAGAAUAUCAUCAACCCUACAUCUACAGCUGCACAAGUUGUUACCCAAGCAAUGGAGUAUGUUCGUUCAGGGUGCAGAAAUCCUCCAGCACAGACUGUGGACUGGAAUAAUGACUACUGCAGUAAUGGGGGCAUGCAGAGGGACAAAGCACUGUACCUUACCUGAAAAUCUGGAAAACCUCUCCUUUCCGUUGAGGAUUGCAGGGAAGUCUUUUCAUCACGGAUUGCUUUAUGCAGUCAAGGCAGUUCUGCAUUUUAUUAGAAAAUACAAGUUGCUAAGCACUUAGGACUAUUUGAGCUUGUGGGUCACCCACUCUGGAAAAAAUAGUCUUGCUUCUUUCUUUCUUUUUUUAUUUUUUUUUUUCUCAGAGAUCCUUUAACGGACAUUGCUUUUCUUCUUUCCUGAAGGAAAAUUGGACUACUCAGAUUUUAUGUUGUUUUUUGCUGUGAAGUGCUGCGCUAGUAACUGCCUUAGCAACUGUAGAUAAAAGUCCUGGAUUUUCCAUUGGUUUUCAUAAUGGGUGUUUAUAUGAAACUACUAAAGACUUUUUAAAUGGCUUGAUGUAGCAGUCAUAGCAAGUUUGUAAAUAGCAUCUAUGUUACACUCUCCUAGAGUAUAAAAUGUGAAUGUUUUUGUAGCUAAUUGUAAUUGAAACUGGCUCACAAUAGGGGUUAAAUUGGCAAACAUUCAUAUUUUUACUUCAUUUUUAAACAACUGACUAAUAGUUCUAUAUUUUCAAAGUAUUUGGAAAAAAUAGUAUUCCCAAAUGGUGUUAAUUAAAAAUAUUGGCUUUGUCUCAUUAAAUAGAUAAAAGGGUGAAAAAAACUAGUAUUGGGAAAGAGCACAAACACAUUUAUUUUAUACUGCCUAAAAAUGCUUUUUUUUAAAAAAUCACUUUACGUGUAAUGGUUAGUAAACAUCAUUUAAGUCCUUUUAUGUAUAAAACUGCCAAAUGCUUACCUGAUAUUUUAUUAGAUGCAGAAACAGAUUGGAGACAGCUAAAUUAUAACCUUUACAUAUGGCUAUGUAUUAUUGUUUCUUCAUACUGUGUCUGUAUUUAAUCUUUUUUUAAUGGAACCUGUUGCGCCUAUUUAUGAAAUAAUAAAUAUAGGUGUUUGUAAGUAAAUUUGUUAGCAUUUUAAAGAGGUUUCUUUGCGUUAACUUUUGCUGGCAAAAAAUUAUUCACAACUGAUGUGAAUAUUUUAUUUAGUUUUUCAAUGACAUGAAUCAAGCCAAACCUGCGUUUUCUGGCAGAAGAUGAAAGUACCCAACAUUUAUUUCUGCAUUUCUUUGGCUGGUGAAAAAUGGAAAAAAAAAAGAUAGUUUAAGUACUUCCCUUUUUAAUGCAUUGUAACAGGGAGUUGCCCAAAAUGAACUCAUAAGCCAACAAGGCUAAAUAAACCGAAAGGCACCGUCUGUUAAAUGCUGCCUCUUGGAGCUCAAUCAGUUUUGGUUAAUCAGUCAAAUGAAAUAAAAAUAAAUAAACUGGAAAAGUUAACAAACAUGCUUCAGCCAUUUUAUCAUGAAGGCAAUAGGUCUUGUAAUAAGAGAUGAGUGACUUUGCUCUGAGCUUGAGAAGGGUAUCGCAAAUACUUACUAAAAUGUGAGGUGAGUAACAAGGCAGUAGGAUAAAGAGUAAGAAAGCCAAAAUAGAACAUUCUCAAGGUUUUAAAUCAGGGAUAGCUAGGAAAACAUAUUAUUGGGGGAUGUCAACUGGGAUGCCUGUCCAAUUGAUGAUGAAUACCACUGCUUUGUAUUUCCUAUGUGAAAUAAAAAUAACAGUUCUGAUUCAAUAUAUAUUGUGUAAUCCAGUCAACAUUUUUAAAAAACAAAAGGUACAGUAUGCUUGUUUUGGAAUGAUUUUAGGCAAUGUACAACCUGAAUCACUUGAGCAUGUAAUAACUAAUAAAUAAUGCAGAUCAGAUGUGAUUACUCAAAUGACUGUAGCUGAGAGCUCUAAUUUUCCUGUCUUGAAACUGUAUAAGAACUCGUGAUUAAGUUCACAGUUUAUUGUUUGUCUGUUUAGUACUUUAGAAAUAUACCAGCACUGCUAAUUACCCAAUGUCUUCUAUUUAUUAUAUUAUAAUAAACUACAUUUUCCAUUCUCA